CCAAGCCGACCAGCGCAGAGCGCCGCCUACACUAACGCCUGCCUCAUGGACGCCCGCAUCGACUUCUCCCCCGCCGGCCGGAGCCUCUUCGACGAGCCGCUGGGCAUCUCGGUGUUGGGGCUGCAGCCCCAGCAAGAGGUCACGCUCCGGGCGUCGCUGCAGGACGAGACCGGGGUGCUCUUCGAGUCUCUCGCGCUCUACCGGGCGGACAGCAGCGGGCAGCUGGACCUGAGGCGCUCGCCGGCGCUGGAGGGCGGCAGCUUCUCCGGCCUGGAGCCCAUGGGGCUGCUGUGGGCGCUGAAGCCGCGCAAGCCCUUCAGGCGGCUGGUGAAGCGCGACGUGCAGCGCCCCUUCAGCCUGGAGCUGGAGGUGCUCGAAGGACACGGAGAGGGCCUCGCGGGAGGCGUCCUCGCCAAGGGCGCCCACGAGAGGUGCUUCCUGCGCGCCGGCGUCCAGAGGAUCCCCGUGCGGGACGGGCGGGUCCGUGCCACCCUCUUCCUGCCCCCGGGUGAUGGUCCCUUUCCUGGAAUCAUUGAUAUUUCAGGAGCUGGAGGAGGACUUCCAGAAUACCGAGCCUGUCUGAUGGCCAAUUAUGGCUUUGUAACAUUAGCAUUGGCCUAUUAUGCUUAUGAAGAUCUUCCCAAAGAUAUGAAGGAAUUUCAUCUGGAGUAUUUUGAAGAAGCUCUGAACUAUAUGCUGAAACAUCCAAAGGUUAAAGGUCCAGGAGUUGGACUCCUGGGACACUCAAAAGGUGGUGACCUGUGUAUUUCUAUGGCCUCUUUCUUAAAGGGUGUCACUGUUACAGUCACUAUUAAUAGCUCUGUGGCCAAUAUAGCUACGGCACUGCACUACAAGGACAUCACCAUUCCACCUCUUGGUUUCAAUUUAGAGCGGGUCAAAAUUGACAAGUCUGGUGUUGCUGACAUUUUGGAUGUCCUGAACAACCCACUUGAGGGCCCCGAUCGCCAAAGUUUUAUUCCAUUGGAGAAGGCUGAAGGACGUUUCCUCUUCAUCAUAGGCCAGGAUGACCACAACUUUAAGAGCGAAUUCUUUGCUGUGGAAGCCUCCAAGCGGCUACAGGCUUAUGGAAAAGAAAAACCUGAGAUAAUUUGCUAUCCUGGAGCAGGACAUUAUAUUGAGCCUCCAUAUUUUCCUAUGUGUGCAGCUUCAAUGCAUUUCAUGGUGAGCAGACCAGUGAUCUGGGGAGGGGAACCCAGGGCUCAUGCCGCAGCACAGGUGGAUGCAUGGGGACGGAUUCAGACCUUCUUCCGCAAACACCUCGAUGGAAAACAAGGUGAAGAACGCAGCAAGCUCUGAGAAUGUUGCUCAGAAGAGGUGUUUUAUCAGAUAACGGGUGUGUGGCCAAUUGUUUUUUGUUCCUGUUCUUAUAUAUAACAAUAAAUCUAUUUGAUAUAACAA